UAGUCGUAAAUUUAUUAGAAUCUGCGUACUAUAAGUCUAAAUUAUCUUCGGAUGGUCGACUGGCGUACUUUAAGAAGAAGAACGGUCCCAGAACCCCAGUGGCUACACAUCACCACAGUCAAUGAACGUAAAACGUAGUCGUAAUUUAUCAGGCUUUACACGGUUCGGUUCGUUUUAGCUCACGAUUGCAAUUUCGAAGUUAGCCGCUUAUCAAAUUACCGUCUAUCAAUCUAAUGAUGCGGAGUGCAACCCUCUUCAUCGAUCUUGCACAAUAACCCUGUUUGUGAUCUCUGAUACCUUUCGAAACUAAUCACUUAGUAAUAUCUACGUUCACAAAGGAUAUAACCUAACAAACACGAAGAUGGUACCCCGCUGGGGGUAACCAUCCACAUGAUUCCUAUCGAGCUCUAGAGUUGAGUCACAUGAUAUUAAAACCGGCGAUGCAUAUUGGGCGAGCCAUUAAUCAAUCAGAAAAUAUUGCAUGCAAUCGUUCUGACGGGAAAUAUUUAUUGCAUUUUGAAAGUUGUUUACAAAACUUUGAAUAAUGAAACAUUUCCUUUUCAUUAGAAUAUGCGGUCCAAUUCGCUGUUACUUGAUGUCCCUACGCAACACUCAAGGGAGGAAGUGUAACCAUAAGAUGCAACAUAAAAAUUUGCAUUCGUAUUUUACGUAACGAUGCAACCGAAAACCGUCCUCUUAGCACGUUGUAACAGUGAAAGUAACACAGUAUAGAUGAAAUUCGAGAUGCGCGGAAAAUACGAGCUAACGUCUCGUAUUGAAAUUCUUUUUAACCGAUGUGCCAACUGGAUCGAGUGAGAAAGGAUCAUCGUAUAAAGCACGGCGUGACGCGACAUGUCAAAGAAGCUCAUCCACUUUUGGAGCAUCCGAUGCCAUCCUUAAGCUAACCAAUUGACGGUACCGUGCGGUUAAUAUCAUCGCGGUGGCUGGUAGCCUCGCGUUGAAAAAUUUUCGUGACAAGACAGCGACGGGAAAACAACGUAUUAGAAAGGCGUGUAGACGAGUGCACACACACGCGUAAUUCAACUUCGCCGGGAUGCGAUACCGCAAGAAAAAGGCUCGAAUAGUAUAAAAGGGGUGUAUUCUAUCCGACCUGCAUCAGUUUCAGUCGCGAACCAACCGUCGCUACACAUUACAUUGCACUAGCAACAUGAAAUUUCUCAUUGUUCUUGCUAUCUUCGCUUUGGCAUCUCCCUUGUAUGCCCAAUCUGAGGAAAAAGUAAUCGAGAAGAGAGGCAUCAGCUAUGGUUUGGGAGGUGGCUUAGGUCAUGGAGGUGGCUUGGGUCAUGGAGGAGGACUUAGUAGUGUAUCAUACAGCGUUCCAGUAAUCACCAAAAGCAUCCGUAUCUCUAGCGGUGGAUUUGGAGGAUAUGGUCAUGGAGGACAUGGUCUUGGAGGACUCUCCAGAGGACACGGUGGUGGAUGGUGAAAAAGUCAGUGUUAACUGUUCUGAUCUUAUGGUACUGCUUCUUUUCACAUAUUUGAUGGCGAAAGGAACUUUUGUACUGCCGUACCGUAAAAUAAAUUUUUAAU